AGAGUUUGAUAUCAAAAUAACAAUAGUGUCUAUAGUAUUGCCAUAACCAUCCAGAUGCACGCUAGAUUAGUAUACAUCUUCAUACUGAUAAACAUUCUCAAUGCUUUUGCAGUUCCUUAUUGGAGUAAUAUAUUAUCGAAACGAACAAAAUAUUGUGGCAGCCACCUAACUUCUACACUAAGUAUAAUAUGCGAAGGAAAUUACUAUGGAAAAACAAUGAAACGAGCAGACUGGCUUGAUUUCGAUAACAAGUUGGAAAACGAUUUGGAUUCUGGAGAAUCAAAAUUUCCCUUCAUUUCCCGAGAUCUAGCUGAGUCUAUGGUUCCAGUCAAAUCAAGAAGAGGAAUAAUAGAAGAAUGUUGUAUCAAGUCUUGCUCACUGAAUGAACUAAGAACUUACUGCGCAGCAUGAAGCGACUGAUAUUCAAAACUCUUCUCAUAUAAUCUUACAAAAAAUGUAUGUAAGAUUGGUUGAGAUUUUUUGAUAUUUUACUGUCAAAACUAUGGUGUUUAAUAAACCUAAAAAUGUUUUUAAUUGGA